AUGGCUUCAAAUGAUGAACAAGGGUCCACCGUCAUCGCCAUCGAUAGAGACCGGAACAGCCAAUGCGCUGUCAUUUGGGCCGUCGAUCACCUUUUGAAGAAGAACUCCUCAUGCACCCUCAUUCACGUUAGAACCAAGGCCUUGUAUCCCCAUAAUUUUGAUGAUGUCCCUAAACAAGGUCGUCCACCAACCGAAGAAGAAUUGCACCAGCUUUUUCUUCCCUUCCGAGGAUUUUGUGCUCGAAAGGGGAUUAUAGCAAAGGAGUUGGUCAUGCAUAGCAUUGAUGUUCCAAGCGUGCUUAUUAAUUACAUCAUUGACAACUCUAUAAGCAAUGUUGUUGUCGGUGCUUCCCGCUGGAAUGUUCUUAUAAGGAAAUUUAGAGAUUUCGAUGUGCCAACAAGCUUAGUGAGGUCAUUGCCAGAGUCUUGCAUGGUGCAUGUUAUAUCAAAAGGAGGAGUCCAGAAUAUUCGACCAGCAGGUCGUCCUCAAAAUAUUAGUAUCACACCAACAAAAUCUCUUAAAGACAUUUCUGGUCCCAAGGGAAAAUCUCUGCUUGAAGAUUUAAACAGAAAAUCAUUAAAACAUAGAAUUUGGCAAGGCUCAAACAAUGGUGGGGCAUCUUUUGGUCAAAACAACGACGCUAUACAGGUGGCACCACGUAUGUCCAAUGGAGAGACUACUUCACUAAUAAGACCAUCAGAUGAAAACUGCUCCUCACAAAAUUCAUCAAAUCGAAGUUCCAUCAACGGUGAUACUUCAAGGCCAAUUGGUUCUCAAUUGACUGAGACGUCACAUGAAAACCAAGAUAUAGUAGAGAACUCAAAUACUUCUAGGAACAAAUCUUCUACAAAUUCCUCAAAAAGCUUGGAGACAGAAAUAAGGAAAUUAAAACUAGAACCAAAGAGAACAUCAAAGAAGAAUAGUACGGCCUACAGGGAAGCUGUUGCAGCAAAACAUAAGGCAAUUGAGAUUGAAAAGUUAAGGCAAGAAGAAAAGAACGUUGAAAAAGCAAGGCUUGCUGAAGAGGCUGCAUUGCAGAAAACCAAAAUAUUGUCAAAACGCCUAGAAGAAAUGAAGGCCCAGAAGAGAAAGAAGGAAGAAAUAAGAGCCAUGCAUGAGGAAGAAGAGAGGAGGAGAGCAUUGAAUGCAAGUGCACAUAACAAUAUUCAAUUGAGAAGAUACAAUAUUAAAGAAAUUGAAGUUGCAACAAAUUACUUUGACAUUUCUCUCAAAAUUGGUGAAGGUGGAUAUGGACCUGUUUUUAAAGGGGUGCUUGAUGACACUGUUGUUGCCGUUAAGGCCUUGAAACCAGACAUAACCCAAGGGGAGAGGCAAUUUCAACAAGAGGUUAAUGUUUUGAGUACCAUAAGACAUCCGAACAUGGUUCCACUUCUAGGUGCAUGUCCAGAGUACGGAUGCCUUGUGUAUGAGUACAUGGAAAAUGGAAGCUUAGAAGAUCGCCUCUUCCUGAAAGAUAAUACUCCACCAAUUCCAUGGAAGACUAGAUUCAAAAUAGCAUCAGAAAUUGCCACUGGCCUUCUUUAUCUUCACCAGACAAGACCAGAGCCAGUUGUGCAUCGUGACCUCAAGCCAGCAAACAUUCUCUUGGACAGGAACUAUGUGAGCAAGAUCACUGAUGUGGGUUUGGCAAGGCUUGUUCCCCCUAAAGUACCAAACAAAACCACUCAAUACCACAAGACAACUGCAGCUGGUACAUUUUGCUAUAUUGACCCGGAGUAUCAACAAACAGGAUUAUUGGGUGUAAAAUCAGACAUAUAUUCAUUAGGCAUAGUUCUGCUACAGAUUAUUACUGGAAAGCCUCCUAUUGGUGUGGCCUACCUGGUUGAUGAGGCUAUCAACAAUGGUAAAUUCUCAGAGGUUCUUGAUCCAAAUGUAACAGAUUGGCCUGUUGGAGAAACUUUAUCUUAUGCUAGGUUGUCUUUAAAGUGUUGUGAGAUGAGAAAACGUGACAGACCAGACCUUGGUUCUAUCAUUUUGCCUGAGCUGAAUCGACUCAGAAAUCUGGGAGGAGCCACUGAUUAUGAUAUUUUACCUGCGAGACAGGAAGGAAUGAGUAACAAUCCUAAUGUGGAAAUGGAAAAUUCAACGUAG